CAUCAUAGGCGAACAAAGGAACAAACCCCUCUGCCAUCUUGGGAAGUGAGAAGUGUUAACCCCACUCAUGACUGUGGAAUUCUGUGUUCCUUUGUGACAUUAGCUAUAUGGAUGCUGUAUCCUGUCCCAAAACAUCCUGAUUAGAGGUUAGCCGGAACAGCCUGGUAGGGGCCCAUUUCCAGAGAGACGUGGAUGAUGCCAGAACUAUGACAGGGACUGCAGUCUUGGCAUUGAAGGGAGGUGAUCAGUUAUGGAACAGUCAAAGGAGGAAGUACCUGAAGUCAGGAAAGAAGAGGAGGAAAAGGAAGAGACAAUGGUGGCAAUAAGUGGAGCCUCAGAGCCAAAUGAAGGUCUAGAUAAUUCGACACCAUCUGCCAGGUAUACAGAUCUUUCCCAGAGUUCGUCUCCUUCUCUGUUGGACCAACUCCAGAUGGGCUGUGAUGAAGCAAAUUCAGGAAGUCUAAACAUGGAAUGCAGAGUCUGUGGUGACAAGGCAUCAGGGUUUCAUUAUGGGGUACAUGCAUGUGAAGGCUGUAAGGGAUUCUUUCGUCGAACGAUCCGCAUGAAGCUGGAGUAUGAGAAAUGUGAGCGGAACUGUAAAAUUCAGAAGAAGAACCGAAACAAGUGCCAGUACUGCCGCUUUCAGAAAUGCCUUUCACUAGGCAUGUCACACAAUGCCAUUCGUUUUGGCCGCAUGCCAGAAGCUGAAAAAAGGAAGUUAGUGGCAGGACUGACAGCUACUGAAAUCAGCUGCCAGAACCAGCAGGUGGCUGAUCUGAAAGUCUUUUCCAAGCACAUCUACAAUGCCUACCUGAAAAAUUUCAACAUGACCAAAAAGAAAGCACGAGGCAUCUUAACUGGAAAAGCCAGUAGCACCCCUCCUUUUGUGAUUCAUGACAUGGAUACCCUGUGGCAAGCUGAAAAGGGUCUGGUGUGGAAACAACUGAUAAAUGGGAUGCCGCCCUACAAGGAGAUUGGUGUUCAUGUUUUUUACCGCUGCCAGUGUACAUCAGUCGAGACCGUGCGGGAGCUCACUGAAUUUGCCAAGAGCAUUCCUAGCUUCAUCAGCCUUUACCUUAAUGAUCAAGUAACUCUCUUGAAAUAUGGGGUGCAUGAGGCCAUCUUUGCUAUGCUUGCCUCUAUCAUGAAUAAGGAUGGACUCCUGGUGGCCAAUGGCAAUGCUUUUGUGACACGUGAGUUCUUGCGCAGCUUGCGCAAGCCUUUCAGUGAAAUCAUGGAGCCCAAAUUUGAAUUUGCUGUGAAGUUCAAUGCCCUGGAGCUAGAUGACAGUGACUUGUCUCUGUUUGUAGCUGCCAUCAUCUUGUGUGGAGACCGCCCUGGCCUAAUGAAUGUUAAACAAGUGGAGGCGAUACAAGACAAUAUUCUCCAAGCUCUUGAGUUUCAUCUACAAGCUAAUCACCCAGACAUUCAAUACCUCUUUCCUAAGUUGCUGCAAAAAAUGGCUGACUUGAGACAGUUAGUGACUGAGCAUGCACAGUUGGUGCAGAAGAUCAAAAAGACAGAGACAGAGACUUCUCUGCAUCCUCUCUUACAGGAAAUCUACAAGGACAUGUACUGAGGAACUUAUAUUUAUCAAAUAGGUGAAAGCCAUGGAAUCCAGCAAAUGCUUGUAUAUUAGCAAAGAAAUCUCUGUGUCUUCCAUUUCUUUACUAGAAUUACUUUACUAGAUGAUUGGUUUAUGCUGUAUAAAUUUGAAAUUUACCAUUUGGUAUAGACCAGAGGGCUUCCGUUAACAUACACUAAAUGAAACUUAAUUUGUUGCUACAGUUCAGCUCUUAACCCUAUUCCAGAGCUGCUGAGGUAUUUACACACACCCUAUAAAUGUACUUGAAUUGUUAUAUUAGAUAACAUGAAUUGUGCCCAAAUUAUUAUAGCAAGUAGUACCUUUAAUUGACAGGUACAAAAAUAGCACUUCAUCACAAUCCUUACAUAUUAUUU